GCUUUGUAUUGGGCAUUCUAAAAGAGUUGUUUUAUUUUAUAAAACAUAAGCUCUACUUUUAAUUGUGGGAUUAAUUGCACGGAGAGUGUGGAUGGAGAAGAGUAAGUUUAAUCCUGAAAAAGUUGGGCGCAAAUCUGGCGAGCAUCACCCCUCGCUUUGGGGUGAUUAUUUCAUUACCUGCAACCCAACAUUUUCUUCACAACAGAAGUUAUGGAUGGAGCAGAAAGUUGAAGAAUUGAAGGAAGUAGUAAAGGAAAAACUACGUAGUACUACUGAUUUACAUGAAAGUAUGAGUUUGAUUGACGCAAUACAACAUCUCGGAAUAGACUAUCACUUUGAAGAGGAGAUCGACAAGGCAUUAGACUGCCUCUACAAUUCGGAGUUAGAAUGCUUCGAUCUCCAUGAAGUUGCUCUCCGAUUUCGGUUGCUUAGACAGCAUGGAUUUCGUGUCUCCGCAGAUGAGUUUACCAAGUUCAAAGAUGACAAAGGGAAUUUCACUGAAACCUUAAGGAACGAUCCUAGGGGCUUAUUGAGCCUAUAUAAUGCGGCUUAUCUCGGAACUCGUGGCGAGAACAUACUCGAAGAAGCCAUUUCAUUUGCGAGAAUUCACUUGGAAUCUAUAGCAAAUAACUUGAAACCUCCACUAGCGAACCAAGUAUCGCGCGCACUUGUGACGCCAUUGUCGAGGAGCGUGAAAAGGCUAGAGACGAGAUAUUACAUAUCCGACUACGAGAUGGAGGAUAAAAGGGAUGAUACUAUAUUUGAGCUUGCAAAAUUAGAUUUCAAUUUGUUGCAAACUCUUCAUCGUGAAGAGCUCAAGAGUAUCUCUUUGUGGUGGAAAGAUUUUGAACUCGAAGAUAAAUUAUGUUAUGUACGGGAUAGAAUUGUCGAACUCUACUUCUGGAUUUUAGGAGUGUAUUUUGAGCCUCAUUAUUCUCGUGCACGCAUGAUAGCCACAAAGGCGAUAUCAUUUGUUUGCAUUUUAGAUGAUACUUAUGAUGUCUACGGCACUUUGGAGGAGUGUCGGCUGCUCACUGAUGCAAUACAAAGGUGGGACACAAAGUCGGUUGAUCAAAUGCCUACAUAUUUGAAACAUUUGUUUCUCAAAUUAGUCAAGACCUUCAAAGAAUUCGAGGAUGAACUUGCAUCGGAAGAUAAGUAUCGCGUUUCUUAUCUUAGGGAAAUGGUAAAUUAUUCUUUUUGUCUUUCUUUAAUUAAUUACUAGUUAUUCCAAAAUUUGUGUCGAAAGAUGCAUGCAUGCAUAUAUUAUAUAAAUUAUCACUUUAAUUAUCAUAUAUGUAAAAUACUCCUAUAUACCUUACAUCAUCAAGCAAUUGCCGUAGUGAUCAAGUUUUCUUGUAUCUAUAAAAUAUUGUGCCAUUUAUUUGAACCAUUAAAACAAAACGUAAAGACAUAUUUAUAAUAUAGAAUGAGGCUACUAUACUACUUACAGUACCGGAGCUCUGAUAACUAUAAUCUAAUUUUUGAUCUUAGGGUGUUCAAAUCAACGAUCCACACCAUCAAAUAUGAAUUAGCUAGGGUAUAUGAAGUUCUUAGAAAUAAAAUUUUAAUUUUCAAAAUUAUUUAUUUAGUAAAUAAAUCAUGUCAAAAUGAACGGUGGAUGUGACCGCCCAACUUUCUAAGAGGUCACCCAUCCUAGGACUACUCCCGUCCUCGCACAUUUAACUCUCUUAACCUCUUAGGCCUGGCCACCACCCAA